UGCAACGCACGGGCAACUUAUUAGUUUAAUUAAAAAAGUUCAAACCUGGAUAUAGUCACUAUAGACAUCUAACUUGACUAAGACGUCCACUAGAAUGCAAAAGCAAAACCACUCAGACUGCAAAAACAAGCUAUAGUGCAAUUUAUACGUAGACUGAUUAAUUAACACAUUCAAGUGGGAAACGAAAUUACAUAAAACAUGUUUAUUAAUUGUUAAUGGUUUCCAUGACUCCUUUCUACUGUAACAAGUCCAAAUUUUGUUGCCAAAGGACAUUGACUAGUGAUAUAAUUCAAUAUCCAGAUCACUCAAAUCUCUCACGUAUGGUAUACUAAUACAUUAGAGAAGUUUUAGAAAAUCCAAAAAUAUUCUAUUUUCAUAUAAAGCUAAAAAUAUGUAUGUCGUCAGUCUUUCUCUACUUGAAUAUUCUGAGUAGUCUCUCUUCCUUCUGAUCUGAAACAAGGAUAGUCAUACAAAUUACAGAGUUAUUAAACCAACAACCAACGAGCCACCCUGUGGACGCUGGUGACUACUCUUGUUGGUUUGGAUAAUUUCUUUCUGGCUCAAGCAAGGUGCAGCGCUGCAUGCAGAGCUGACAAGAGAGGGCAGCUACUGGACUUGCAACAUUAGUUGUCAUUUGCUGACGAAAAUGCCAGCAUAGAUUAUGAUAUAGCCGAAGCAGUCAUCAAAGAUGGUGGCAUACGCCUCCUUCUGGACUUAGCAAAAUCUUCGCGGGAAGAUUUUGAUACAGUGUAUACAUAAUCGUUCUAUGGUUAUUUCAUCAUCUUACUACAUUUUUGAGCUUGAUUGCUUGGUUUAGUUUUUAUUCCUUCUUUCCCCUACAUUUUUAUUAUUGUGUAGGCUAUAGCAAAUUUGUCUGUGUAUGCGACUGUUGCAAAAGUGGUUGAGGAAGGAGGAAUCAAUAUUCCUGCUGGUUUGGCAAGGUCCAUGAAUAGACUGGUUGCUGAAGAAGGUGCUAAAGGACUACGGAAUCUUUCUCUUGGGGAACAGCACAAGGGUGCCAUUGUUGAAGCUGGAGGAGUAAAAGCUUUAGUUGAUCUUUUAUUCAAAUGGUCCACUGGUGGUGAAGAAGUCCUGGAACGUGCAGCUGCUGCAUUGGCAAAUUUGGCAGCUGAUGCCAAGUGUAGCACAGAGGUUGCAGUAGCAGGCGGUGUACAUGCUUUGGUUAUGCUUGCUCGUAAUUGCAAAUUUGAUGGAGUGCAAGAGCAGGCUGCUCGUGCCUUGACUAAUUUGGCUGCUCAUGGAGAUAGCAACAUUAAUAAUGCUGCCACUGGACAAGAGGCAGGUGCUCUUGAAGCAUUUGUUCAGCUUAAACGUUCUCCUAAUAAAGGUGUCAGGCAAGAAGCUGCUGGUGCAUUGUGGAAUUUAUCAUUUGAUGACAGAAAUUGAGAAGCAAUUGCAGCGGGCUGGUGGCGUUGAGGCCUUGGAGAGAGGUUUUAAGGCAAAAGAAGUUGUCAAUUCAACAUCGGCAUUGAGUCCAAGUGGUCCCGAUCCAACUCACGACAAUUCCAACAUGUCCAAUACCAAUCUUGCCAAUUCAACCUUGUACAAUUCUUAUGGGGCACUGAAUCCAAGUGGCGCAGAUCCAUACUACGACUAUAUCAAUAGGUCCGAUACCAAAGGAGCCAAUUCCGGCAAUCCCUUGCGGCAGCUACAGCUUAUAUUGUAUGUUUGGUUGAUAUUGCUUCACAUUUAAUGAUUUUAUUAAGUUGUAUUCAGCUUUCAGAUAGCUUGAAUUUCAGUGUGCAAGCACUACACAGACUUAUUUGAGAUAGUAAUGCUUUAUUUAUUAGAGAC